AUGGCGAAACCAAAAGAUAUACGCGCUCUCAUCGACCUGACGAAAACAACACAAACACUCCUAACCCACUACCAAUCCUCGCUCGCGCCUUCGAAAGACAAUACCUCCUCCGCCUCACAAACCUCAGAAACUGAACUGCCGAACCCCCUCGACGCCAUCAAGGCGACGACUACGCUUCUGAAAUCGCACACGACCACGCUCUCCCUCCUGCUCAUCACACCACCCCUCACCCCCUCGGCGAUAAUAGCAAAGAUUAGCGAUGUGAGCUCCGGCGUGCUAGGCGGCAUGGUUGCUGCUGCGUCUUACACACCGAAAGCGGGGCAGAAAGAUGAUGUUGGGAAUACAAUGCGGACUGAACUGCGCGCGCAGGUGCGGAGACUGCUAGGGACAUGGGGGGAUGUUCUUGCGUUGCUAUUGCGCAUGGCAGAGAGGAGGCAGACUGCACAGGGGGAUGGAGCUGUCAAGGCCAAAGAUAAUGGCCCGACGGAGACGGAGAAACAGGAUGUGCUAUCUGCUACUGGUGUGCUUUGGGAAGCCUGCGAUGUGCUGCUCAAGCUGUGCGCCGACGGGGUUGUAGGCCUAGUAGUCAAGAAGGCAGAACAGUUCAGAGCAGUGCUGCUAGAUGCGGUUGAGGAGCUGAAAGAGUGGGGUGAAGACAUUGACGAUGACGACGACGACAAGGCAGAGGGCAGUGACGGGGACGACGAGGACGAUGGGUUCGGAGAUGAAGACGAUAUUUUUGGGGCCUCGAAUAAGUUGGGCAAGGAUGAUACGGAGCUGAAAGAGCUACUGGAUACGAGCGUCAAGAAGUUGAGAAAAGUGGGCAUGCUGUACCAGGCUCUGAUCAAGAGGAGGUUAAAGACGUUCCCGAGAGCAUCUGCGGAGGCUACAACGGCGACUACCAACGGGACCGCUGGCGCAGCUUCGAGCCCUAGCAAGACGCUUGACGACCUCAUAGCUCUUCUGAAGACGAUACCAGAGACUGUCGACGACCUAGCGAGCGCAUUCUACGAUCUCGAUGAAGACGAAGCGAAACAAACGCUAGCAAAGUGCUGUACUGAGGCAAAAAGUGCGGUUAAGCUUGUCAGACAGAAUUGGUCUGGUGCAGAUGACGAGUUCACUGUUUGGACUGGCAAAUGGGUGGAUGCACUUGAUGCUGUCUGA